AAUGAAGAAGAUCCCCAUCACUAGGAUUAUACUUAUUUAUGAAUUAUUAUGCACCAGUAAGUUGGGUAUCGAUCAUCCACUCCUCAACACUUUCUACCACAUUCUAGACGAUCAUCCACUCCUCAACACUUUCUACCACAUUCUAGACGAUCAGCACGAGAGCAACAACAAGAACAAGUCUGAACAGGCGAGGAGCUAUGUUCGCGACGCGAAAGCCAUGGCGACGACUCCAGCUGAUGUUAAAGAGUAUCCGAAUGCCUAUGUGUUUGUGGUGGAUAUGCCUGGAUUGAAAUCAGGAGAUAUUAAGGUCCAGGUGGAGGAUGAGAAUGUGCUGGUGGUUUGCGGUGAGCGGAAGAGAGAAGAGGAAGAAGGCGUCAAGUAUGUGCGGAUGGAGAGGAAGGUGGGGAGGUUUAUGAGGAAGUUUGUGUUGCCUGAGAAUGCUGAUUUGGAGAAUAUUAAGGCGGUUUGUCAGGACGGUGUGUUGAGUGUUACGGUGGAGAAGUUGCCGCCUCCAGAGCCUAAGAAGCCUAAGACUAUUGAGGUUCAGAUUGCUUGA